AUGGAAGCACCACCACAAGCCAAUGCAGCGCCUCAGCCUGCAUCCCGACCUUUCCGCUUCCUCAAUCUCCAUGCUGAGCUGCGCAACCAGAUCUACGGCAUCUACGCAGCUGAAUGUAACGUUAUACUGGUGCACGCUGCUGGUGCCAAAGGCCCGCAUGUUGUGGCUCAGCAUCCAAUCAGCCAAGUGAAUCAGCAGCUCCGUGAUGAGUUUAUCACAGAGCUCGAGCGGCAGACUCUCAACACCACACGAGACAUUCGAGCUCGUGUAAAGGACUUCGACUUCUCUUACCUGAUUGCGUACCUCGGGAAAGUGGUACGUCGUGACCCGCUGGCCUUGUUCGACUACGAGCCCGCCACCAUGGCCCCACAUCGAAGACGUUUACGAGUUGAGCUCGACAUUUCGGAUUUCUGGGAGCGAAAAGGUGACGUCGAGCCCCUGAAAGCCUGGUGCCGCUUCAUUGCUAUCAAUCUGCGGAAGUCUCCUGAGCAGAACGUAGUUCACUAUCACGUCGCUUCAGUAGCCAACAAGUACAUCACGAUGCAGCAUCUUAAGGAGUACGAUGCCGAGAGUAGAGAUCCAGACUAUGCAGAAAUUGGGAGUGCGCUUCAGGUGUGGAGGAGGUUCGGUUCUGCAGCGAUCGCCGUACGAGUCAUGGCGAGGGUAGACCGGGAGAGAGAUCUGAGGCUGGGAGAGUACGACGAUGACUGGUAUGAUGGCGAUCUACCAGAGAUCGAAGCGAGUCGUAAGAGAUUGUAUGAGAAGUAA